AUGAGCACCAACAAUGACGAUGUCGAGCAGAAGAAGCGCAGCCAGGCCAUUGACCGCAAGCUCGAGGAGGACUCGCGACGGUUACGGCGGGAGUGCAAGAUCCUGCUGCUGGGCUCCGGAGAAAGCGGAAAGUCGACCAUAGUCAAGCAGAUGAAGAUCAUACAUCAGAACGGCUACACGCAGGAUGAGCUCGCCAUGUACCGCCUGACUAUAUACAAAAACGUCAUCGACUGCGCAAAAGCCCUCAUUGGCGCCAUGCGACAAUUCGACGUUACCCCCGAGAAGCCAGGCAAUGCCGAGCUCUGCGACUACCUGCUCGAGUACACAGUCGAUCCUGAUCCCGAGAAGCCCCUCGAUGUACGGGUAGGCCAAGCCAUCACAUCCAUGUGGAGCGAUCCAUGUGUUGGCAAGGUCCUCGAGCACUCGAGCGAGUUCUACCUGAUGGAUUCCGCCCCAUACUUUUUCGACGAGGUAGAACGAAUAUCCGACCCCAACUACGUGCCCAUCGAAUCCGACGUCCUACGAGCGCGUACCAAGACCACCGGUAUCUACGAGACAAGAUUCACGAUGGGCCAGCUCAGCAUACACAUGUUCGACGUAGGGGGUCAACGGAGUGAGCGCAAGAAAUGGAUACACUGUUUCGAAAACGUCACAUCAAUCAUCUUCUGCGUGGCAUUGAGCGAAUACGAUCAAGUGCUGUUAGAAGAAAGCUCACAAAACCGGAUGAUGGAAAGCUUGGUGCUCUUCGACUCGGUAGUCAAUAGCCGGUGGUUCAUGAGAACGAGUAUCAUCCUGUUCCUCAACAAGGUCGAUCUGUUCAAGGCAAAACUCGCACGAUCACCACUCGGCAAUUACUUUCCAGAUUACUCUGGCGGCAAUGAUGUCAAUCGUGCGGCCAAGUAUCUGUUGUGGAGGUUCAACCAAGUCAACCGAGCUCACUUGAACCUAUACCCUCAUCUCACACAAGCCACCGAUACGUCCAAUAUCCGACUCGUCUUCGCCGCCGUCAAGGAAACAAUACUGCAAAACGCACUAAAAGACUCCGGCAUACUAUGAUCGUCCACACAACACUCGCACCCACACGUGACGGCCAGGCAUACGACCUACGAGUGCUGCGACAUGCUCAGCUUCCUUUCCGCCAUACCCAUACACUUACAUAAUACACGAGCCCUUUACGAUCAUUACUCCCGAUCGUGCCACUCAUGAUGCACAUCCUCGGUCACGAAACGGGAACUUUGGGAGAUAUUAUUGCCUCUAGCUAUCCAUACAAAGAGCGCAGCAUUGGUGUUUUUGGCGUUUAAAGAUUCCCUGGGACUUGCUCCUUUUCUUCUUGUCUUGGAUAAUGGGAAUGUCUUCAUCACAACAUUUUUUCUCCCUGUGGGAGUCAGUCGGAUUUUCCCAUCGAGUGCUGAACUUUGGUUGCCCCUUGUCCCCCAAUCUUGCUUCUCCUGUUUCCUGGUUUAUCUUCUAUGGACUGCUGAGAGAAAGCCAAAGAGGAAAAAGUUGAAUGCACACCCAUUCUGAAUCCCUUUCUA